AUGUCAGCUACUGAAGAACAAAACGAAAUUCUUCUUGAAUCGCAGUAUUAUAGAAUAGUUGAUCAAGAGGAAAAAAUAAAAGAACAAGAGGAAAUUAUUCAAAGGUUAAAGACUGAAAAUGAGAAUUUCUAUGUAAAAUUUAAUAAGUCUCAACUUUGCUACGUUUGGGAAAAAUAUAAAGGAUAUAAAGAGCUGAAAAUUGAAAUACAAAAUGAUAUCGGAGUAAACAGUCCAAUAUAUUUACCAAUAAAGAGAAAGCAUCAAGGAUAUAAUGAAAGGAAAUUAAUUAGAGAUAAAGAUGAAAGUUCUUGAAAUGUGGAGGAGGAUUCAUCUUAUGAAAAUUUCAAAAUGCGGCUUGUAAAUUAAAAUUAGGAAGUUAGUGAGAAUGAAAAAAAAGAAAUUGAAAAUGAAAAAGAAAUCUUGAGUCAGAAACUUAAUGAAUGCUAUAAUACAAUAGAAAAUUUGAAAUCUUAUGAGCUCAUAUACAUAAAAAUGGUGCUUUGCCUUAGUUUCUGUAAUUGGAAAGAGUUAACCAGCAAUGUCCUUCGGGAUCAGGAGGUGUAGCUCACCUCUAUUCCAUGAGUUGUGGCCUGGUCCAGGGAUUAAGGUUUUUCCUGUAACAGCUGAGGGCAGGCACCCAGCACCCGCCAGACCAGGGUUUUUCCUUGAUCAAACUAAUCACCAAAUCGUCCGACAGGGCUGCAGAAGUUCAUAAUCUGCUCGCUCAACAUUGAAGCCUUAAAGACAAGUAGGAGACGUUCUCAGCGCACAACGCUCUAAGGAUCCCGUGACAUCAGUGGCUGGGAGAAGGAGCAAGGUGGUGUCGAUGCUUUUUUUUACCGGCAGAGCUAUCUCAACCGAUCAAGUGUACUACAUGGAAUGCCACAAAGCGGACGAACCCGUUUUAUUAAGGGUCCUUGGUAACUGCGUAGCCAAUACGGCCAGUAGCCAUCUGUUAAUUUAAGUUUAACAAAUCUUAUCAGUUCAGCUACCAGGAAUAUAAAAACAAAUAUGAAUCACUACUGGAAAAUGAAAAAAUAUAUGAAAAUAAUUUUGCAAGUUUUAAAAUAAGUAAUCAGCAACUAGCUGAAAAAAUUAUUUCAUAUGAGUCCAGAAUAAAUUAUUUAGAAAAUAUCAACCAAGCAGCAAAUGAAGAAAUAAUAAUCAAAAGUGAUGAAUAUGAAUCAGAGCUCAGAAAAAAUGCAGAAUUUAGCGAAGAGCUCCAAAAAAUGAAUAAAAUUAUAGAAGAAAAAGAAAAUGAAAACAAAUCUCUCUUGCUCUCAUUUGAAAAAAUUAGAUCGGAGAACUUAAAUUGCUCUCAACAGAAUUCAGGGUUAAUUAAGCAAAAUUAUGACUUUAGAAACUAUAUUAAUUGCAUGGAAGAAAAUUUAAAACAAAAAGAAAAUCAAAUUCGCAUACAAGAGAAAACCAUUUACGAUUUGACACUAGAAAUCGAAAAACAGACACAAAAAAAUCAAGAACAACAAAUAGUUCUAAAUAGAGCGACUGAAGAGCUUAGUAAGCUGAAAGUAAUUUAUAAUUAGAACAAUCCAGGCUCAAGAAGUAGUGAAUUAGAGAAAAUUAGCAAAGACCUAGAAGAAAGCAGCAAAAACUAUGAAAAAGCAAGGAUAAAAUUAACAGAAAAUCAAGGAAUAAUUGGGGAUUAUAAAUGGCAAUUGAUAAAUCAAGGCAACCAAGUAAAAAUUUAUUGUGAAAAUAUUAUUAGCUCACUUGAAGAAACUAUCAACGAAUUAUCUGAUAAGCUUUUAUUUACUGAAAACGAGCUUCAAAAACAAAAUCUUUUAAAUUUUAUAAUGCGUUGGCAUUAUUUCGGGAGGGUUCCACAUAUGCGACAUUUUCUCACGUGUGGAAACUAAAUCCCACAUGUAGAGUUUCCACGCUUGAAUGGUCCAUUGGAGAAUUUGGGUUCCAACGCGGGAAAAUGUCCCGACGUGCCGAACCCUCCCAAAAUAAUGCCAACGCAUUAUAACACUUUUCAAUAA